GAAAACGAUCUCCACCGCACCACGGCCGCAACUGAACUCCCACAUGUCGCAACCUAGACCUCCUCGACCUCGAUGGGGCGACGACGCAGCCAUGCUCCUCGUCCGGCGGCGGCGGCGGCGUCGAUUGCCGGUAUUGGUGACCCACCCGUCGGCCGUCCUCGUUCGCUCCCAAAAUCACCCACGCCCGCAGGAAAGAGAUCGACCUCGACCUCGACCUCAAAGAAGCGACGACGCAAGCGUGCUUCUCCUCCGGCGGGGUCAAUCGCCGGUAUAGCUCCCAAUUUGGGCAACUAUGGAGUGAUCUUAGUGCUGUUUGAGACGCCCUCUGGCUUCGCAAUUUUCUGUAUGAAUGAGUACUGCCUCAACCAGCCAGACGCUCUGGAGAAUAUCUGGGCAAUCUUCGGCGAGGAUUUUAGGGCACGAGAAAUCGUUUGGCUGAAAGAGUUUCAAACUUUCAAGGACAAGUCCAGUGCCAUUAAUCAUGGUACUGGUGUUAAUAGGGAGCUUCCUGAGAUGAUCAUGCGCUGUCACCGCCCUUGUCAGAAAUUGGCCGUUGGAAAGCCUGAAUAUAAAAGAAUCAUCGAAACAAGCUUGGGUGUACCUUGCCUCUUUGAUGAAACUGUGAUGGAGGUGAUGUGGGGCCUGAAGAAUCUCAUGCAUAGUUUAGUACCCCAAGAAGAACUAAAGCUGACAAAGGAGGACCGCCUACCAAUGAGCCAAGGACUAAAAAUGUUCCUGGAUCGUUAUGGCUUUGAUGUCAAACCAGAGAUGGUUAAUGAGGAUAUUGUUGUGACGGCAUGCGUCUUGCUUGAUUCUGAAUAUAAUGAGAAGAAAAAUUCUACGCCCUUGCGCCGUGCUGGUGACCAUCUUAAGGAUGUGUCUGGCAUUAACUCUGAAGGCUGGGACUUGAUGAAACUUGCGACAGCUCUGAAGAUCAUAUGUUACCCUGUAGAAACAACUAUAGCUGACAAAGAGAUGUUUACAGGAGAUGAACUAUUAACGUUGGAGAUGGAUGCGCAUAAAUAUGAAGAUAAGAUCGUUAAGGGCAUUUGCUUGAACGUCUACAAAGAAAUAGUGCAGAUGCGUGAAGUUAGGACUGUGGCCCAAAAAAUAUUGGGGUCCUUGGUUAAGGAGGCCAAAGAAGCGUGUAAAGCUGAACAAAGUGUGUGAGAAGCCGAAGAGUAUAACUAGGAUUCUGCAAGAAUCUCAUAUUUUGCUAGUACGAAGGGAGAACUGGUUUGGAAAUUUGAUCCUGAGUAGUGAGGCUGCCUGAAGCUGCCAUCCCGGACCAAAGUGUUAGACAUCUGUGUUUGUGUAUUGGUUAUCGACUCUGGGGACUCACUAGUAAUUUGAUCAGUGUCUUGUCUACUCUUAAUCGUAUCUUGGAAUUUCUCUA